GUUCUUAGUGCUGUAUAGAAACAUAAAAAAACAAAGAUAACUACGCCUACAAAGUGUUAAUGUCGGGUUUAAAGCUGAACUCUAAAGAAACUGCCAACUAGUCCGUCCCAAAUCAGUUUUUGUUGGCUAAAACUCACGAAGCCGUUUGAUGUUAGGAUAAAACAAGUCGAAGAUUGUACAGCUGUGGUUAAAAUGCCGCAUUUUAUCAUAUUUUGAUAAAUGUUUCACCCUGUACGGUAUUUUUUCCGCAAUGUGAAGUAAAAUUGUGGACGUUUACAAUAAUGGCACUUUGUAAAAAUGGCGGAUGAAAGGAAAAGCUGGAACCAAAUUUAACAGAAGUCUUUACGGGAGGUAUUGUAACGUUUAGGCGCGUACGUGCGGUAAUGUUAGCGUUACAAGUGUAAGAAAAGGCUGCAAGGUGCUGUACGUUGUUUUUGGUGUGUGUGUGACAUGCGCACACACAGCCAGCCGCAGUACCGGCAACCUGCUGUCCGACACCGAUACGUCGUGGGGAGGGACGCCGAGAAACGCUGCAGCAGCCGCGGGAAUGUGAAGGAGACAGACCCGGGCUCAGCAGGGAAAGGCGGAGCGGUCCUGAAUGUCAGAGAAUGCCACAGCAAGUGAACGCAACCUCAGCGUUGGAUCACGACCGUGACCCGUUAUCGUUCAGAUUUCUAUCACAGAGCAGUGAUUGUUAUUGUUUAUAUUUUAUUACAUUGUUGCGAGAUGCCGCCCCGUUCUCACAGCCUCCAAUCCAGCGGACUGACGCUCUCUGAAACCAGCAUGGGUUCCUUUAAGAGAAGGAAGAGGAAAUCCAUAACUGUGACGGUGAUGCUGCUCGUUGUAUCUGUGCUGAUCCUUAUUUUCGGCCUGGCGGCAACUACCAGGACUCAGAACAUCACAGUAGGAGGCUACUACCCAGGAGUCAUUCUUGGCUUUGGCUCCUUUCUGGGAAUUAUUGGUGCCCAUUUGAUAGAGAACAAGAGGCAGAUGUUAGUUGCAUCUAUUGUCUUCAUCAGUUUUGGAGCAGUUGCCGCCUUUUGCUGCGCUAUUGUUGAUGGAGUUUUUGCAGCGAGGCACAUUGACCUCAGGCCUUUGCAUGCUGGUCGCUGUGGGUAUCUUUCCAGUGAAGCUGCAUCUGAGCGUGACGUGCCAUGCCAAACGCCACGGUCAUCAUGUAACCUGCGUGUGAAGAGCAACACCUGUUACUGCUGCGAUCUCUACAACUGUGGGAGAGAACCUCUUAUGGGACUUCAGAAUAAAGAUGUUUUGAAAAAGUUUAGGAAGUCAUCCAUGAUUUGGAACCGUGCAGAGGUGAUGGGAGGCUACCAUGAAUACACAGAAGUGAAAAGCUGCCAGGACGUCGUGCACCUCUACUACCUGCUGUGGUCCGCUACCAUCCUGAACAUCGUGGCCCUUUUUCUGGGCAUUAUUACUGCAGCUGUCCUUGGAGGCUUCAAGGACAUGAUGCCUGCUCCUGCUUCAGAGAGUACAUCUGAACCAGAGGCCAUAGCUGCUCCUGUCCCCCCUGCUCCUCCUCCUCCUCCUCCUCCAACCACGUCUCUUAACCUGUAUCACAACACUGCCCCCUGCCUGCCACCUUACACCGCCUACGACCUGCAGGGCUCCUACAUGUUUCCUGACUCCUCAGGACUGUCAGAUGAUUCCCAGUCUGGAGCCAGCCACCUGUGGCCCACCAUGGUACCUCCUCGCUACUCCCCUCCUCAUGAACACCCUGAUGAGAAACCGCCACCGUACAGCCCGUAGGAUGGCUUCAAGAGAAGAAAACACCUGAGGACCUUUCAGGUGUUGGGAGAUACUCACUCAGAUUCUGUGGGCUUUUCUUCACAAACAUUCAAAGAUGCGUUGAAGAAAAGGUGAGAGAAGGAUGGAAACAGGUCGGGCUAACAUAGCCCAGCUGAAGAGAACAAGUGUUCCCGAGGCAACACUCACACUCUUGCCCUCUCUGUGUGUCCAUAUUCAUGCCGAGAGAUGCAACCUACUCAGUGGCAGGUUUGUUUACACAUCUAUCUGCCUUAAUGCAUAUGGACAUCUAACACUGCACCAUGUAAAGACUUGGGCUUAUUCUGUACAGAAACUCUCCUCCAGCUCAUACUUUAUGUUUAUGUGUCAUUAUUGGAAACUAGAAAAGUGCUUUCCGCCUCAACUGGAACAGAAGAAAUUGGCUGAAAGAGACUCCACUGCUGUCAGAGAUAUAAAUCAGGUUGAAAAGUCUAAACUUCAGAGUCGUACACCCACACAUCAUUUCUUAGGCAGUUCAUAGUCUCUGAACAUUACUAAAAGGAACUGUUUGUAGAGAUGAAGGCAUUACAUGCUCAUGUUUGUACAGCAGCAUGUUGUAGUUAGCACAGCUAGGCCUAAGAUAUAAAAUAGAUCACGAUAUUUAUUUCUAUUCUCUUCUGUGUGGUGAACAGAGCAAUAUUAUUCAGGAAAUAAACUAUCGAACCUAUAGCAGCCGCUGAGAAAAUACAUUUAACACUAUUUAUUCUAUUUCUACUGAAAGCUGCAAAGCAGGUAUGCAUAAAUAUAUGUUUCACGGUAAGUAGAAAUACUUUUUCGUUCCAUUUGUGUCAGGAAGUCGGAAUUUCCUCUGAAAUUGGUGUUUCCAGAGAAACCCAGACCUCAAAAUCCAACACUGUCACAUGUAUGAAAUGCAGUAGAAGCUGUAGAAAUAUACUGUUCUUUCACUCUUCUGAUGGUUGGUGUAAAUUUAUAAUCAGCCCCACACAUAUUACUGUAUAGCUAUUCAGAAACAUGUUCCUUAAGUGUUUAAUGCAGAACAGUCAAUUAGAAUAUCACUGAAAGAUUAUUGAAAUAAAGUUCAAAAUGUUUAGCAUGUACUUUAUAUAGAUUCAUUUCACUAAAGAAUGAUGAUAUUGGCUCACAGCUAAUGAAAAAACAAAAUGUAGUUUAUAAUUAAAAGUAACAUAUAAGAUAAAUUAAAAACGUUUUAACACAGAAA